AUGGGUCUACUAUCGUUUGCUGAAGACACUCAGCCUUCUCACGUGGAUGACAAAAUGAAGUGGAAGGAGAGCUCUGCUCUGGCAGAACCUUCCAAGCCCCAGCAAAAAGAGAAAGUGAAGCAAAAACAAUCCAAGCUGGAUGAUGGCCUAUAUUCGUUAUCUUUUGACCAAGUCAACGACAACGCAGACGAACUUAUUGAGCUCAGAGGAGAGGGAAGGUACUUCGGUGUGACUGACCCAGAUACUGGAGCCACCAUCAAUGCUCAACAGAGCUUAGGUCCAUUAUGUGAUAACUGUCACAAAAGAGGUCAUAUCAGGUCCAAAUGUAAGACAGUGGUUUGCCACAAAUGUGGUGUGGUGGGCGAUCAUUAUGAGACACAAUGUCCGACUACGAUGAUCUGCUCAAGAUGUGGCGAAAGGGGCCAUUUGUUCAGUGCAUGCAAGAGCAAGACCAGAAAGAAACAGUACUGUAAGACAUGCGACACAUUCAACCACGGCGAUUUCAACUGUCCCAGUAUAUGGCGGUCGUACAUCACGAAAGUUGCUAAAGACGAGGAAUAUGUGCUCCCGGUGAUCUUCUGUUACAACUGUGGAGAUAAUACGCAUUUUGGAGACGAGUGUCCCCAGCAGCGGUCAUCUAGAGUGCCCAACUUUAACGGCAGCGCAUUCAGCGGCACCAACUUGCCCAAACACUUGCGGUCGGUGUACUUUGACUCGCUCAAUAGGGGUACAUCGCGACCAAACGGACCUAAGAAGAGAAACUAUGAAGAUUCAGGCAAUCUGCGCAAUUACAAUCUGGGAUAUAGUCUGGGGUACAAUUCGAACCUGAAUUACAACUCGAAUUACAACUCGAACUAUAAUAAUUUCAAUUCGAACGGCUCGAACAACAACUAUAGGAACUACAAUUCCAACAACAACAACAACUCGACCGUGAACUCAUACAACAAUGCACAACCUUCACGGUCGGGGUUCAUUGCAUCAAAUACCAAUAAGAAGAAGUCACAACUUCCUCCGAGACCAUCUCAGGCCAGUCGCACAGGAUACCUUCCCAAGAAGGGAGCCAAGCCAAAUCGGUCUGGAGUGAUGAAAGGCAAGAAACGCAACGGAAACAUACAGGUUUUAUACUAG